AUGACCAAGCCGAAGCGCAAACGUACAGAUCUGAAUGUGCCGCAAUUUGUGAUCGACAAGUGGAAUUCCGGUACGAAUGCCAAAGACGAAAUGGCCGAGUUGCUGUUGCAUCUCAACAACAACAAGGAUAAGUUCAUCGAGGAGCUCGAGCUUAUUAUCAAAAAAAUCAAGAAGUUCACCCUUCAUGUCGAUGAAGGGUGGUAUAGCGAACUGGAGAUGAAGACCGAGCUCAAGUGGUCUCCGCAGAGGAUCGCCGGUGCCAAGAAGCUUUGCGAAGCGAACCCUGACCUGGUCAGGAGCAAUGUUUAUGAUGGUGUCAAGGAAUACUAUGUCACAGUCAGAGAAACUGCGAAGCAUGUUCAUGCUCACGAGCAAGAGCAGAGCCAGCGCAAGAAGAUGAAGGCAGAAGAACCCAUGGAGUUCAAAAAGGACGAGUUCGACUUGCUGGACAAGGCCAAGGCUCGCUCCGGAGUGCCGGACCGCGGGUCGAUCAGCCAGAUCGAAGAUCACAUCAAGAAAUUGGAUAGCGAAUACGAGAAGGUGAACGAGCUGAAAUCCAAAGGGGAGGUGGACGGCUACGACCCGAGGAACGCCAAGAAAUUCUUCGGGAAGAAUGCUGACGAUGCUCCAUUCCCGUGGCCUGACCCAUCGUGCGUCGACGAGGCUGAACGUGCAAAGGCCUGCGCAACCCUGCCCACUGCACGGGUCGUGCCUUCACCCCCAAAGCUUUCAGCAGCUUGGAAGCCAGCCUGGGAACGGCAUGUUUCAGAUUCUGUUUUGGCCGACAACGAGAUAGUGUCUGUGCUUCGGGAAGUGGAUGAGCAUUCAGACAUAGAGUGGCGCUUGGCUGCCCGGGCAACUACUGCAGGGGGUAUCCUCAGCCACGCAAUCCAUAUCGUGAAUCAACUGCUACACCGUCAUGCUCCUAUGAUUUUCAAAAUAGGUUUCACCCACAAUGCCUGCUGGCGCUGGGAGAAUACCAUUUAUGGUUACAGGUGGCAGCGGGAAAAGUGGGAGAAGAUGUGUUUGUUACACAUCGCCGAAGAACCUUUCAGCCUGGCAAUGCUCGAAGCCGCCCUCAUCAAUAAAUUUCAAAGCACGCCUGGCUGCCGAAAUACUCGAUCCGGCGGAGAUAAUGUGAGGUACUUUUGCAUCAUGAGCUUUCUAUUGUGCAAGCUGAAGUUGUAUUGCAUUCCCACGAACGACAAACAUAAAUCUGUUUUGGGCCUUGCCGAGGCCUCUUGCAGCUCGGCCGUGGAGUCGGCCCGGGCUGUGGUCGAAGAAAUGCCAGCUGCAGCGACUGCUUCAGUGCGACGUGUUGCUAAGUGCUCCGUACGGGAUGCUGAGAGGGACAUGCAUAGAUUGGGGGACAAGUUUCGGUUGAGACUUGGGGUGCGCCUGAGUCGAGUGCCGCUGCUGCAAGAGAUGAAGAUCGCCAUACUAUUCAUGUCAUCCUGGAUCAAUCUUUUUCUUCAGAAGAACUUAUGGUACUUUCUUUGUGGCUUGGACGAAGCGAACGAGGAACGAUGUGAGCGACAGCUGGAAUUGUACUGGGAACGUUUUCGUGGGAUUGCUCCGCAGCACCCAGUGUUUCAACGUUCGCCUUCGGACCUUCGCCGGACUUGUCCGGUCCUGGUCCACGGAGACGAGGGCCGGAGUGCCAAAAAAACAGCAUUGAUGGUGCUGUCUUUUCAUGCUGUCCUGGGGCGCGGAAGCUCUCAAUCUUCUGAGAAGGGGCCUACCUGUGCCGAGUUCCUGCCACAGGAAAUGAACUUUCUUGGCCAUACUUUCGCUACACGGUACUUACUUGCCGUAUUGCCACGAGCCAUGUACGAUGAUGCCCUUGCAGGGAAUUUCCAACGACUUUUGGGACAUCUGGUUCCGGAUAUGCGAAGCCUUUUUGAGGAAGGGCUGCUAUCUCCAGUCUACAACAAGAAGUUUUUUGUAUGCGUCGUGAACAUCAUGGGGGAUUGGCCUUUCCUGGCCAAGGCUUUCAAUUAUAAUCGGACGUUCGGCAAUUCAGCCAAACGUGAAUCGUCCAAAAAAGCACCAACAGGGAUAUGUCAUGCUUGUUUGGCCGACAGGCCAGGCUUCCCUUUCGAGGAUUUCGAAUCCAGUCAGCCUCGAUGGCGGCAGACGGUGAACGUUCUACCUGCCUACGACAGAACGCCUGUUUUGAUGACGUUGCCACACGAUGCGGCUGACCCUUCCGGCUUCGCAGGCCAAGACUACUUUCACGGGUUUCAUCUCGGAGCCGGAAAAAUCUUUGUCGCAUCCGUUCUUGCACUUCUCCAGUACACCUUUGCAGGUGACAGUUUCAAGGUCCGCUUCAAGUCAAUGGAAAGUGCAUUCUUCGACUGGUGUCAGCGUCAUCGUCAGUUUCCUUAUAUCCGCAAACUGAACCAGGACACGCUGGUUUGGCCUCAUGCGACAGAGCCAGCAAUGGGCGGGUGGAGCAAAGGUUCCACUACACUAUGUUUGCUACGUUGGUUCGUUUGCUUUUGCCACCAGAGCAGAGAUACGAUCCCAGAGGAUUCCUUGUUGUUUCUGGCAUGGCAGGCAGCAUGGCAAAUCAACAAGUUUUUUUCGAUGCUGUACCGCGAGAAACUGUGGAUCAUCGCUUCGAGAGCAAAGGAGAUAGCUGCACAUGGGCGGGCUUUUCUGAAGUACAACGGCCGCUGCGCCAAGCGCGCUUUCGACGAGAACUUGAUGGAAGAUCAGGCUGAAGUUUCGGCCUUUGUGCAGAACGGCUUGAUGUGGAAAGGUGAUGCGUGCCAAUGCCCGGCCAUCAUGUUCAAUGCUCAGGCCUGGGCGCACAAGGUCAAUGAGCUGAGCAACGACUUCAACCGUAUUCUCUGGUGUCUUACAGGCUUCAACACCACCUAUGUCAUCGACCUUUUCAUGGCCCAAGGCCAUACUUCACAUGUUUUGGCCCACGGGCUGCAGGCGCAUCUAGCGAGAUGGCAACUGGGAGGCUUCGAAAUGCAGGCACACCUGAGCCAAAAUGCUGCUGACAGCCUCCGCACCUUCGGCUCGGUGGUGCAUACGACUUCCGAGCAGUGCACCCAAACGCAAGCGCAGAACAGCCAGCAAUCUCUGGUCAUCACUGGGCGUGCACCUAGGACUGCCGAGGAGGCCUCUUGCUUACAGCUACUUUGCCCACGUGAUGCAGAUCUGGUGGUUUUAGAUCCAGAUUACCAGGUGCUCAUGCAGGAGGAAUUGCUUCUGCUGGAGCGUCUCUGCCAUCCCAGGAUCUAUGCUGUGAACAAUGUCAACCUCGCUGCACAUGGAGGGUGGAUCAAGGAAUACUUGCUCAACCUGGAUUUCGUAGAAGUGGCUCGAGGCUCAAGCCCGGACUUCAAUGCCCAGGCAAACGCGGAUGCAGGCAAAGGGAAACUUAGUAGAGAAUUUAAGCUGUUACCUUUUUUUGGAGGGGGGGGAGAACUAGAGCUUCUAAGUGCUGCAGUCUCCUCUAACCCCAAAUAUUACGCACAACCAUCCUUAGAUAAUCCCGACAGCUUACCCUUAGCUUCCCUAGGAUACCUUACUUAG